UUAACCUGACAGGAGAAAGAGAAAGAGGAAAAAGACUCAUGUUCAAAUGGAAAUUAAAUACGUGUCUGAUAGAUUCCACAAAUGUCUUGGAUACAUCUAUGAACAGUGUCUGGCACCAGCUGGCUCCAGCACAUAAGGGUUUGCUGUGUACCUGAGGGAGACUCUGUCACACUUGACCCAAGGAGGCCUGCUUGGUGACCAGGCAGGCAUAGUAAGCAUGGAGAACACACUUGGUCUCUUUCUCCUAGACCCAGACAGGAAACAGAAAACUUUCCUCAAGGCCACUACAGGCCUUUUUAGCGGGCUAUGUUACCACUGGCUGGCAUUCUCAGAGAAAACACCUCUCCGCUAAAAAGUAAAACCCAGAUUCUCCCAGCGUGUGUAAGAUCCUAGGAACCGGAGCCCCUCCAUUGGGUAGAGAACAAUCAGAAUGAGGCUUUCUUCCCUCACUUCGGGAGGUUGCUGGCUUUGUAGCCCGGCUCCAAGGCCCCUCUUCCAGGCCACUUCCCCGACUGGGCCAGACCUCUUGCUCUUAGGACGCUCCGAGCGAGGCCUGGGGCCCCGCUCCGUGUGGCCUGCCUGGACCCCAGAGGGCCGCGCCCUGGAGCUGCCACUGAUGUCAGAGGCACGACUCUUUUACGUAUUCCCAGGAGCGGAAGACAGAAACAGUGGCCUUGGGGACAGAGGGGUGGGAACACUUCACAUCCACUGCAAGAUAAUGAAGUGGAAGAAGGCAUUUCGGCUUCAGAGCUGGCGGGGACCUGGCCACUGGAAAGCCCGCGCGGAGUUCUCUCGCCUGUCUCCGCCCAGACUAGAAAUCUGGAACUGGGAAUUUGAAAUUUUGUUCACUGAUGGACUUGCAGCACGGAGAACGGGCUCAUGGAAGGCACUCAUUUCUUCAGUGAAUGAAAGUGGCACAGCAGAUCUCCAUCCUUUGCCGGAGCACAACAAGAUGGCCAUGUCCCAGGAAAUCAUGACCUUCAACAGGACGUGGUUUGUGGACUUCACCCUGGAGGGAGUGCAGCAACUGGACUCUGCCCAGAGAACCUCUACCAGGAUGUUCAUGCCUGAGAAUUACAGCCACCUUGGUGUCUGUGGGUAUCUAGUUGCGAAGCCAGAUGUGAUCUUCAGGUUGGGACCAGGAGAAGAGUCCUGGAUGGCAGAUGGAGGGACCCCGGUACGGACCUGUGCAGGUGAGGACAGGCCAGAAGUCUGGCAAAUUGACGAGCAGACAGAUCACUACAAGGAAAGCCAAGACAAACUUCUGUGGCAAGCUGCAUUCACAGUCAAGGAAACACUGAAGGAUGAAAGUGGUCAAGAAUGUAAAAUAUGUAGAAAAAUCGUUUAUCUCAACACAGACUUUGUUUCUGUGAAACAAAGACUCCCUAAGUAUUACUCAUGGGAAAGGUGUUCAAAACAUAAUUUAAACUUUCUUAGUCAAAAUAGAAGCUAUAUAAGAAAGAAAGAUGAUGGAUGUAAGGCAUAUUUGAAAGUAUGCCUCCAUUCUAAUCUUCAUAAAGCUCAACCUGCAGAUAAAUUUUUUGACCCUAAUCAACGAGGGAAAGCCCUCCACCAAAAGCGAGCCCUUAAUAAAAAUCAGAGAAGUCAAACCGGGGAGAAGCUCUACAAAUGUACUGAAUGUGAAAAAGUGUUUAUCCAGAAAGCAAACUUAGUUGUACAUCAAAGAACUCACACCGGAGAGAAACCUUAUGAAUGCUGUGAAUGUGCAAAAGCCUUCAGUCAGAAGUCAACCCUCGUAGCACACCAGAGAAUUCACUCAGGGGAGAAGCCCUAUGAAUGCAGUGAAUGUGGAAAAACCUUUAUCCAAAAGUCAACUCUGAUUAAACAUCAACGAACUCAUACAGGAGAGAAACCAUUUGUAUGUGGCAAAUGUCCAAAAGCCUUUAAGAGUUCAUAUCAUCUUAUUAGACAUGAAAAAACACACAUUAGACAAGCAUUUUAUAAAGGUAUUAGAUGUACUAAGUCCAACCUUAUAUAUCAAAGGAUUCACACAAGUAAGAAACCUGAGCGCAGUGAACAUGGGAAAGCCUCUGAUAAGAAGCCCAGUCCCACUAAACAUUGGAGAACUCAUACAAAAGAGAACAUUUAUGAGUGUAGUAAAUGUGGGAAAAGCUUCAGAGGAAAGUCACACCUCUCUGUUCAUCAGAGAAUUCAUACAGGAGAGAAACCCUAUGAAUGUAAUAUAUGUGGGAAGACUUUCAGUGGAAAGUCACACCUCUCUGUCCAUCAUAGAACUCAUACAGGAGAGAAACCUUAUGAAUGCAGAAGAUGUGGGAAAGCCUUUGGGGAGAAGUCAACCCUUAUUGUACAUCAGAGAAUGCAUACAGGAGAGAAACCCUAUAAAUGCAACGAAUGUGGGAAAGCCUUUAGUGAGAAGUCACCACUGAUUAAACAUCAGAGAAUUCAUACAGGAGAGAGACCCUAUGAAUGCACUGACUGUAAAAAAGCCUUCAGUAGGAAGUCAACUCUCAUUAAACAUCAGAGAAUUCAUACAGGAGAAAAACCUUACAAAUGUAGUGAAUGUGGGAAGGCCUUCAGUGUGAAAUCAACUCUCAUCGUGCAUCACAGAACUCAUACAGGAGAGAAACCUUAUGAAUGCAGAGACUGUGGGAAAGCAUUCAGUGGGAAGUCAACUCUCAUUAAACAUCAGAGAAGUCACACAGGAGAUAAAAACCUAUGAUUAUACUUGAAAGUGGGAUAAUUAUACUAGUAGUUAUUUGUCAUUUGACUAUUACUAGUCUCAUUAUUUGUCAAAUAAUCAUGGGGAGUAAUCUUAUAAAUGUCUAGAAUAUUGGAAAUUCUUCAUAUGUUAAUGUUCAUUUAACUUAAUAAAAGGUACAAAAGUAUAAUUCCAGAGGUGUCAAUAAAUGUGAUCAGUUUUUUCACCCAGAAUUCUUCACCCAGGAGUGAGGAACUAUACGUCAAAUAAUUCAAAAGGGGCAAAACUGAGUGUAGUUAUGUGGGAAAGCCUUCAGAAAGAAUUUAAAUGGCACUGUUUAUCAGAGUAUUUAUGCUGAGAAAAACUAAGAAUUUAGUGAGCUUAUAAAACCAUGGUAGCCAGGUGUGGUAGGUAGCUCACACCUGUAAUCCUAGCACUUUUGGGAGGCUGAGGUGGGCAGAUCACUUGAG